AUGAUGCCGCUUCCGGGCUACAACCCGGACGCAUUAAAACGCAAUAUACUACGAACAUAUAAUACAGCACAGGUUGUGAUCCACGAGUCCCUCGAACUAGACAAUAAAGUGCAGUUCUUACGGCAUAUACCACACUUCCAUCUCCGGGCGCUCGCGGCUGCAGGAUGCAUCGUAUACCGAGUUCUACGGUCAUCAUAUAUGUCAUUCAUCGACCGUAAAGCCGCCGAGCGGUCGGCAGCCGACAUCAUCACUGCGGCCCGGCGUGCUAGUAUUAUGGAAUCCGACUUGCCUAUGCGCCUAGGAAACCUCCUCGAGUCCUGGUCUGACUGGCUGCUGGCGCAUGGGGACCCCGCCGCCACUCAACCGCAACCGCAACAAUACCCACAACUACAGUGGAGCGAGGAGCCCGUGUCGGCGUUCUCGCACCGCCUCAGUGCCAGCGUAACUUUCGACUGCAUGACCCGCUGGAAAAGUGAUCAGCGCCAUAACGCCCUCCGCUGCAAGUGCCAGCCAUCUGGUGCCUCUGGCACUUCUGGUACUACUCCAGCACCGGGUGCUACUGGUGGUACGAACGGCUGUGAAACGCCGGCUACUAUGGCAGGAAGCGCCGAUGCCCUGCAGAAUAUAGAUUGGACAUUCAUGGAUGACUUCGAUUGGAGCUUUGAGCCUGUGAUGCCGGUGCUGACGGCACCGACGUGA